UGUGGUAGCUCAUAUAGAGGUCCACCCUUCUUUGGGGUAUUACAAAGACUGCAGUUUUUUCAUGUGUAGUUGUGUUUCAAACGCGUGCAUAGAUAUCACACGACUACCAAUUUUUCUCGGUUAGGAGUAUUUAGCCAUAAGGAUGGAUUGCAGCAUUGAGAAUAUGGGUUUCUUUUGUUCUUUCUACUCCUUGAAACGUGGCUACUUCACUAGUUUUAUUUUGUGGUUGAUCAGGUUUCUGAUUAUUUUUCCCAUUGUUGUGGCUAUCGCGCAAGGACAGGUCCGUUAUUCUAUUCCCGAGGAGAUGAACAAGGGAUCAGUGGUGGGAAAUAUCAUUCAAGAUCUCGGUUUGGAUGUGAAGAGACUGAAAUCUGGUCGAGCUCGGAUUUUUACGGAGGGCAGUCGUGAGUACAUCGGUCUGAAUGUAGACAAAGGCACUCUGAUAGUGAGAGAGAGGAUAGAUAGAGAAGAGCUGUGCGCUCAAGUGUCUCCAUGCUCUUUGCAUUUUCAGAUUAUUCUAGACAAUCCAAUGGAGCUUCAUCAAGUUGAUAUAGAAAUUUUGGAUAUUAAUGACCAUGCUCCGGUUUUUGCGAGAAGAGAAAUCAGUUUUCAAAUUAGUGAAAUGGCACUUUCUGGAGCUAAAUUUGCUUUAGAUAGCGCACAUGACCCGGAUGUAGGUGUCAAUUCUCUCCAGAGAUACACGCUUAAUCCAGCAGAUCAUUUUACCUUGAAAGAACUGGCUGAUAAUGGUGUAAAGCAUGUAGAAAUGCUGUUGCAGAAAUCUUUGGACAGAGAGAAUCAAAAAGAGCAUACGUUAACUUUAACAGCAUUUGAUGGCGGCAGCCCACAAAAAUCGAGUACUAUGAAAAUAAUUGUUACAGUUGUUGAUGCCAACGAUAAUGCGCCUAUCUUUACUAUGCCGUUAUAUCGAAGUAUCCUGCUAGAAAAUUCACCGAAAGGCACGCAUGUUGUAACAGUUUCUGCUAAAGAUAAAGACCAAGGAUCAAACGGUAAAGUGACUUAUUCACUGUCGCAAAGCACAGGAAAGAAUUUGGAUUUAUUUAGUAUUGAUUCUGAAUCCGGUGAUAUAACUGUUAUUGGGGAACUCGACUUCGAAAAAGCAAAACAUUUUCAAAUAAAUAUCGAAGCAACAGACAAUGGCGGCUUGUCUGAUUCAUCUAAAGUGACGAUUGAAUUGCAGAUGUUAAUGAUAACGCACCAAUCAUAAGUGUAAUAUCAUUCUCCAAUACAAUUCCUGAAGACGCCAUACCCGACACUGUCAUUGCAAUGCUGAACGUUAAAGAUUUGGAUUCUGGGAAAAAUGGAAAUAUACAG